GCCCCCUUUCAGCAGGCGGCUCUCAUUGGCUUACACCGGUUUUCACGGCCCGGGCUGGAAGACGGCUGCUGGUGGAAAUUUACCGAGGACUGCACUCUCAGCGCGCCUGUCAAGGCCGUAUGAUUGCAAACAUGCUGCCGUUUCAACAUAUCUGAUGUGGCGGGAGAGGCCGCCAGCUCAUGUAGCAGGUUAUGGAGGCAAACCUUCUGUGUUUCAUCCUUUUCACCCUGGUUGGCCUUGUCCUAACCUCCUUCAACGAUUAUCUCCACAAUGGCACCAGCCACUACCACUACUGUGUGCUCGGAGCCGGACCUGCUGGCCUGCAGAUGGGGUUCUUCCUCUCCAAGGCAAAACGGGACUACGUCAUCCUGGAGAGGAACUCCGGUCCGGGCAGCUUCUUCAACAAAUAUCCCAGGCACAGGAAGCUGAUUAGCAUUAACAAAAUCCACACAGGAAGACACAACGCAGAGUUCAACCUGCGGCACGACUGGAACUCUCUGCUGAGCGAUAAGCCGGACCUGCUGUUCAAAAGGGCGAGCGGGGAGUUCUACCCGCCGGCCGACGCCUUCCCUCUCUACCUGUCGGCGUUUGAGAGGGAGUUGGGGUUGAAGGUGAAAUACGGCGUGGACAUCGGACGGAUCAGGUCGGUGCGGUCAGCCACAGGAAGGAGCUACGUCCUCACCGAUCAACACGCAGCAGAUUACUCAUGCAGCAUCCUCCUGGUCGCCACGGGCCUGUGGGUUCCUCAGGAGGUAGAGUUUGCCGGGUCGCACCUGGCCGAGGGCUACGAGUCCAUCUCCACCAACCCUGACGACUACAAGGACCAGGCCGUGCUGAUCCUGGGGAAAGGGAACUCCGCCUUCGAAACCGCCCAGAGCAUCUUAGGGAGAGCGAGCCGGGUGCACAUGCUCAGCUCCAGCACCGUCCGGCUGGCCUGGCAGACGCAUUACGUUGGAGAUCUCAGGGCUGUUAAUAACGAGGUAUUAGACACAUACCAGUUGAAAUCUCUGGACGGUCUGGCGGAGGCUCGCUUGGAGGAUGUAGUCAUCACCAAACAGGAGGAAAGGGGCAGGAAGAGGUCAGGAGUAAAGAAUCCAGAGACGAGGGACAAGCUCUUUCUAAACUUAAGGCAGUUCAAGCAGAACGGCGACGAGGGGAAAGGAUCAGAUGAUACCCGGGACGAGCUUCCGGACCACAUCGACAACUUCUCCCUGCGCAAACCCUACGACCGGGUGAUCCGCUGCCUUGGCUUCAGGUUCAACUUCAGCAUUUUCGACAGCUCUGCACGGCCGCCGCCCAGCGAAAACGCGAAAGGGAGACUGCCGGGCGUGACGGCGUGGUACGAGGGGAAGAACACGCCCGGUUUGUUCCUGUUGGGAACCGCCUCUCACUCCAGAGACUACCGAUCCUCCGCUGGGGGCUUCGUCCAUGGAUUCCGUUACACAGCCCGAGCCGUUCACCGUGUGCUGGAAUACCGUCACCAUGGCAACACGUGGCCAUCGACCAGACUUAUGACAACGCAGCUGAUGUCCUGGAUCCUGAAGCGGGUCGGGGAGGCCUCCGGACCGUACCAGAUGUUUGAGACGCUUGGGGAUGUUAUUCUUCUCCGAGGCUCCCACUGUGAGUACGUGGAAGAGUUUCUGCUCCAGGCCUUGCCCCGGUUCUCCUCUCUCUCUGGCCAUGACGUGUCCAGUCAGGGACUGAUAGUUCUGGUCAUGCAGUACGGGAAGAGUAAGAUAGACUACCUGGGGCUCGGCAGGUCACAAACCGACUGGACCAAGGCUUGGAAAUCCAACUUCCUCCACCCUGUUUUAUACUACUACGACUCGCUCCCGACGGAGCAGGACAUGAAGUUGCGUCCCCACGGCUGGCCUUUGCCGAGGCCGAAGGCGAUUCAUCACAUGGUUGAGGACUUCCUCACAGAGUGGGACACUCCGCUGUCUCACAUCCAGCCUCUGCGGCGCUUCCUGGAGCACUGUGUCCACUCUGACCUGAGGGCCUUCAGCACAGAAAACUGUUUCCGCUCAGCUCUCACGCACCGUAAGCCGCCGCUGUUUUGUCAGCAGGGAUAUUUGACUCGGUAGGGCGUCGCGCAGCGCAGCGUCCGCCAGGUGCCAGCCGGGCAAGUCACCGCCGGAACGGGAGCAAACCCCCACUUUUCCAAGCCACCCGGGAUCAGCUGGAAGUGUCCGUGUCCUCUGGACGCUUGACCUCUGAUUGUAUUACCCACAAAAUAAUGUUUUGUACGACGGCGUGUUAUAGCCGUUGUAGAUGGAACAUAAAAAAUAAAGCGAAGGGUACAUUUCCGCCAAAAAAGCUCUGAAAUAUUGUGAGUAAUCGCAGAAAUUUUCUAUAAAAAAAAUAUUUGGAAAUUGAUGUGUUUGAAAAGUUAAAAACUUGCGAGAAAAAAUUCUGAAAUUUACAAUUUUCUUAAUCUCAAAAUUUCUGAGUGUCUUGGAGGAAAUUUGCUCUUCCCUUUUCUCCCCCUGUCUACAACGACCGGAAAAUGCCACUCUUGUCAUUUUCUCAGGAAGAUCAAAUAUUUUAUCCUUAAGCUAGAGAAAUUUAUCUUUACUGCCAUCAUGGGCAAUUUUUUUCAACUCAAAACUUUCUUUUUUUCCCUUAAGUUUUAGGCAAUGUUAGACUAAAACAAAAGUGGUUUUCCAUUGAAUCCUUCCUUUUGCAAGUUUUUAAAAAUUUCUGUCAUAACCUGCUGGUUACAAAGUUAUUGCUGGUCACUGGAAGAUGUUACUUGUUACUUGAAAGAUCAGUUAUUAUGUUAAAAUAUUUCUUUUAUAUAACUGAGUUUCACAAGUGUUAUUUUAUUCAUAUUUUACCUGGAUUUAACAUACAUAAUACGGUAUAUAAUGCUUUUUCAGUAUUGACAACCAGUCAGUGAGCAUCAGAAUCACUUUACAAAAACCAGUUACAAUGUUUUUUGUUUGUUUUAUAAUAUUAAGGGCUGUACAUACACAGGUACGUGCGUGUUUUCUUCUUUUCUUUUAUUGCGGUUCACAAGCAACUUUCAGGUGCAUACCGCCACCUACUGUACAUGAAUGUGUAGCAACACUACUAAAUUCUAUAUUUUCAUUAAAUUCUAUUUUUUAAAUAAAUAAUGCUUUGCUUAAUCUCUAAAUAUCCACUAUGUUUCCUUCAGUUCCCAACAUUCAUUUAAGACUCAAUUCCUGUCCUUCUUACUCUUUUUCUCUAUCUCUCCCUUUCAGGUUCACAUGUUUUACAAUUCAUCAUGUUCUACAUUUUCUUUCUCCUCACAUCCUUCACAUUAAUCAUGAGUUUUUCUCCCAAUUAAACAUAAAAUGUCAUUUAAAAAGAUAUGACCUACUCUUAAGCUCAUCAUUAUUUCUUUCCUUCUACUUUCGACUAACAUUGAGUUUUGUAUUUUAUAUAAACUCCUGUCUUUCUUAUCUUCAAUUCACCUUGUUGUUGCCAUAUUUGUGUGUUUUUACUCUUAAUUUUCCUUCCCCUUUCCCAAAAGGAAUUGUAGCUGUUAUUGCUCCCUCUAAAACCUUUUUAACUAAAUUUGUCUGUGUUUUUAUUGUCUUUUCCACCUUCACCUGACCGUACCCUACAGAACCAAAUAUCAGUGCCACCCUGGUGUAACUUAAAUAAACUGUGUUGAAUUUCUAACACAAAAUCUUUCCUUUUAUUUCCUUUUCCCUGAAUAGUAAGAAUUUUUUUUUUUGUUUGUUUGAUUUUUUGCACGUUUCAACUAAAACAUCACCCACAAUAUGGCGGCGACGUUGACGUACAGACUUUUAUCUCGCUACCGUAUUUUCAGCGGUUGUUGGACGCUGAUUGGUCCCCCACUGGUACCUUUUGAUUGGCUGCUUUGUUGGGUUGACGCUAGUGGAGAGUAACGUAUAAAUAUCAUGAACUCUGAUUGGUUGUUAGUUCUUCGAAGCUAAUCACUGUCCAAUAGCUGUCUCUGUAACUACUUUGACGCAACGACAUGUAAAUUGUUAAAUAGCUGACAUUUUGGUUGAACGUUUUGUUUUAAUAGUUGAACUUAAGAUAUGACGGGACUGCGUUUGUAAGAGAGUUCAUGACUAUUCAUGCAAUGUCACCCGGACGUCUUAGUGACGGUACGUUAAUGGCUGCCUCCAUGGCUGGCUGGUAGAACUUGUAAGGAUACACUAUUAUAAACUGAGCUACCUAUGUAACA